AUGUCUAUCUCUCCUUUCGAAUGGCCGCUCUGGUGGCGCAUAUGCGUUCUGCUGAACGUCAGCUUCUACAAUCUCCUCGGAAAUGCCUGGGCCUCUGGUCUUUCUCCCGUCUUUGGGUUGAUCAUUCAGGAGCUGCACUGCUCGCAAACACAGGCUUCCAACUUGCCAACAUAUGCUUUGCUGGCUCUUGGACUCUCAAAUCUCUUCGCUCUGCCGUUAUCAUUACUUAUCGGAAAACGCUACACGGUCCUCGGUUCGCUCGUUAUCUUUAUCGCCUGUAACAUUUGGUCGAGCGAAGCCACCGACUACUUUUCCCUGCGAAACUCACGCAUCGUCGGUGGAUUAGCCGGUGGUCUCGUUGAGGCUCUUGGUCCCAUUAUCGUGGCUGAGACGUUUCCCACCCAUCAGCUCGGAAGAGCCAUGGUCGUCUACGUUGGCUUCCUCGCUGCUGGCUCCGCAAUUGGCCCCAUGGUCGCUGGGGCAGUUGGAGUUAGUCUGGGAAGCUGGAGAUGGUACCUGAGGAUUCUGUCAAUCGCGACUGGCCUCAAUCUCUUUGGUUCGAUCUUGAUGCUUCCUGAGACAACUCACGAUAUCAACGAGCUGGAUACAACUCAAACCAGACCUGGGAGCUCGAUAAUCGCAGAACCGAAACCUACGAGCACUUCAAUCGAGGAUAUCUGCAUCUCGUCACCGGCCGAAACAACAACUGGGGAGAUCUCUGCCGCCAGCUUCAGAAAGGAGUGGAUGUCAAGGUCGUUUAGCGGCGAGUAUAUGCCCAUGAAGUGGAAGAGCAUGGGUUUGUCACUGGUCCGGCCACUGCAGCUCCUUAUGGCGCCUCAAGUUCUCGUCACCGUCUACAUCUUUGGCCUAACGAUUGGUUGGACUGUCAUCAUUUCCAUCAUCCUCUCCAUCACCUGUGCUUCUCCGCCCCUAUUGUGGAAUUCACGUUCGAUUGGUUUACUCAAUGUCUCCUCUCUUAUCGGUCUUCUUAUUGGUCUCCCCUUUGGUGGUUACUUCGCAGACCUUCUCUUCAUCCGCUCAACAAAAGGACGCACCCAGGAGCCUAAUCCCAGGAGUAGACUGCCGAUGAUGCUUAUUGGAGCACUAGGCAGCCCGGCUGGUUGCCUUAUCCUCGGUCAUGGGCUUCAAAACCCUGGUCACUGGAUCGUUGUCUGUGUUGGAUGGAGCCUCCUUGCAUUUGGUUUGACAGGAUCGGCAAAUGUUCUACUUACUUAUUCUGUCAACACUAUGCCUUCGCGAGCAGGAGAUAUCGGUGUCCUUGUAAACGUCAUGAAGAAUUGCUUGGCCUUUGGUGUAUCCUACUCAUCGAUCACUUGGCUGAAUGCUAUGGGCCCAUUGAAGCAAUUCGCCAUCAUGGCUGCUCUUCUUUGGCUUGGAUACAUCCUGGCGAUUCCGGUUUGGGUUUGGAGCAAGUCUAUCAUCCGCAGAAGCGCUGUUUAUACCAGGUAG